UGUCGUGUCAGUCGGCUGAAAGUCAAUUUUUCACAAAAUCGAAUUGCUGGAACUAAUGUAUGAAAAGACAUUUCUAUAAUAGUUUGCGGUGUUUUACGAUAAGAAGAUGCCGGCCGUAAGCUCCGCGAAGUCGGCUAACGGCUCCAAUAAGGGGUUGUUUAAUAACACGACCGGCUUCAGUACACUUAUCACUGUUACGGUUCUCACGUUGGCUUGGCUGGCCGGGUUUGCCUCUCGGCUUUUCGCUGUUAUACGGUUUGAGAGUAUUAUUCACGAGUUUGACCCAUGGUUCAACUACCGAUCUACGGCUUAUAUGGUACAGCACGGGUUUUACAAUUUUUUAAAUUGGUUUGACGAGCGAGCAUGGUACCCCUUGGGGCGUAUUGUCGGCGGUACCGUGUACCCGGGUCUCAUGAUCACUUCUGGGACCAUACACUGGAUCCUGCACACAUUGAAUAUCCCAAUUCACAUCAGAGAUAUUUGUGUGUUUCUAGCUCCGGUUUUCAGUGGCCUGACAGCCAUAGCAACAUAUCUGCUAACAUCAGAGCUAUGGUCCCGCGGGGCGGGUCUAUUUGCUGCCUGCUUCAUUGCCAUAAUCCCUGGAUACAGCAGUCGCUCCGUAGCUGGAAGCUAUGAUAAUGAAGGAAUUGCCAUCUUUGCUCUGCAGUUCACUUAUUAUCUGUGGCUGAAGAGUGUGAAGAGUGGAUCUGUCUUUUGGUCUAUCUGCACUGCUCUUUCUUACUUUUACAUGGUAUCAGCAUGGGGCGGUUACGUCUUCAUUAUCAACCUGAUUCCCCUGCACGUGUUUGUGCUGCUCAUCAUGGGCCGGUUCUCGCAGAGACUGUUUGUGAGCUACUCCGUCUUCUACAUAGUUGGUCUGCUCAUGUCUAUGCAGAUACCGUUUGUUGGCUUCCAGCCUAUAAGGACUAGUGAACAUAUGGCUGCUUCAGGAGUAUUCGCCCUUAUGAUGGCUGUGGGCGCUCUCAAGUACCUGCACAACCUGAGUCCCAAGGGCCAGUUCAAGCAGCUCCUGAUAGUCGGCGGGCUGGUCGCGGCAGCGCUAGUGUUCUUGGCCGUGGUAGCGCUGACCUAUAUGGGCGUUAUCGCGCCGUGGAGCGGACGGUUCUACUCGCUAUGGGACACCGGCUACGCCAAGAUCCACAUCCCGAUCAUAGCCUCCGUCUCCGAGCACCAGCCGACCACUUGGUCCUCCUUCUUCUUCGACCUCCAUGUACUGGUGUGCACCUUCCCUGUGGGCUUGUGGUAUUGCAUCAAGAAUGUCAACGAUGAGAGAGUUUUUGUGGCGCUGUACGCCCUUAGCGCCGUAUACUUCGCCGGCGUCAUGGUACGCCUCAUGCUGACUCUGACCCCCGUCGUGUGCGUCCUGGCUGGCAUCGCGUUCUCUAUACUACUGGACCUCGUGCUUCGUGAGGACGAGCUGCCAGCAGCGCCCUCUGACUCGGAUGAGAAGAACCUUUACGACAAGGCGGGCAAGCUAAAGAAGCGAACACUUGAGCCCACUCCCCCAGCUGACUCCGGGCUGGGAAUGAAUGUUCGUUCUGGGACCCUGAUCGCUUUCAUGAUCCUGCUGAUGCUGUUCUCCGUGCACUGCACUUGGGCCACGUCCAACGCCUACUCCAGCCCCAGCAUCGUGCUAGCCAGUUACGGGAACGACGGGUCUCGCAAAAUCCUGGACGAUUUCCGCGAAGCUUACGGCUGGCUGUCACAGAACACCGCGGAAGACGCGAGAGUCAUGUCUUGGUGGGAUUACGGUUACCAGAUAGCAGGCAUGGGCAACAGAACAACCAUAGUCGACAACAACACGUGGAACAACUCGCACAUCGCGCUCGUGGGCAAGGCGAUGGCAAGCAACGAGAGCGCCGCCUACGAGAUAAUGACCAUGCUGGACGUCGAUUACGUCCUCGUGAUCUUCGGCGGCGCCAUCGGAUACUCCGGCGAUGAUAUCAACAAGUUUAUAUGGAUGGUCCGGAUCGCUGAAGGAGAGCAUCCUAAGGAUAUUCAUGAGGCAGACUAUUUUACGGAGAGAGGGGAAUACAGAAUAGAUUCUGAAGCAUCGAAAACUAUGAUAAAUAGUUUAAUGUACAAGUUAUCAUAUUAUAGGUACGACAGCGGCGGCAGCCCGCCUGGCUACGACCGCACGCGCGGCGCGCUGCCCGGCCACCGCGGCUUCCGGCUCACCUACCUCGAGGAGGCCUACACCACCGAGCACUGGCUCGUCAGGAUAUACAGGGUUAAAAAACCGGACGAGUUCAAUCGUCCGCGGCUGCCGUUGGCGAAGAGAACCAUUUCUACAUCCAGUGGUUUGUCCAAAAAGCAACCGCUAUCAGUAGGAGAGUCGGACACGACUUCACGAAGAAGAAAAGGUCUCCUAAAGAAUAAGCCCACGGUCGUGAAGGGCAAGAAGAUCGGCCGACUGGAGUGACGCGGCCCUCGCCACACGAGCACGUGACUCCGCAUCAGUGGUAAUCUUGCAUCCUCUAUAUCGUCUUGCAGUCCCUUUAACUUUAAUAUUUACGUACAAGUGAUUAUUGAACAGCCCAUAUCGAGAUUACUUUUAUUAAAAUGUCACGUUGUAUAAUUAUGUUUGGGUAUGCCAAAAUUCUCGAGAGCUCGGUUCUUGCAUUUUAUAUUUAACCUUUUAACCACUUCACCAAGAUUUCUCGCUGGUACGAAGUUUAGUCUUACUUUAUACAUAUACAUAUAAAUAGUAGAAUUUAGACUACGACGAAAUGAACUGGAAAUUGUAUGUCUUAUAGAUCAGAUGAAUAGGUAUGGUUAAAAGGUUAAAUAUAUUUAGAAUUUGUUUGGUUAUCAGUCUAUCUAAAAUCGGUAAAUCGGUAUAACUAAGUUUAAUGUUUUUGAAUUUGAAAUUAUGGUCUUAUUUGUCUCACAACGGAAAUAUUAUAUAUGCAAUAUUUAUUUUUAUCUACCUUUCCUUGUUUUCAAAGACAAUAAGUAUGUUCACCAAUAAUGUAAAUUGUAAUGUAUUGUAUAAUGUUCAACGGUCUAGUUGUAUAAUAAAAGAGAUAGAUAGGUAGGUUCAAUAAUUUGUUACUGAGAUUAGAAGCAAAGACAUUUUAGACUAACUCUAAUAACUUUAUCAUUUUGGGCUAGUUAGUAUAGUAUAGUUCCUUAUGUAAUGCGGAUUGCGAGAGGGACGUUAUAUCGAUUGUUUUGAGGCCAUACUACGCGAGCUGAAUAUGCAACUAUCCACACAAAAAAAUGCCAUUUAAAAUCUACUGAACUCGUUUUCUUAUUAUUAUUAUGGACUGAUCGGCGAUUGACCCUAGUCACACCUGAUGUAAAAUGAAGACAGUCUAAGAUGGAACUCGCCGAUUCAGUAAUAGCCUAUUCACUAUAUUUUGAAACAGAGAUGUAUUUGCGAUUUCAGUGUUCGUUCUUUUGACCGUUACGAAUUGAACUACAGUUAAAUAGUAAUUUUUAACCAUCGCGAAUAUCGUGAGGUGUCUUUAGUGAUUGCCGUACACCCGCGAAAGAUGUUUAUCUAUAUCUAUAGACUUACUUAAUAAAGCACCCAAUCGUCUUAUUUCUCUGCCAAUUAUGUACAAUGUACAUACACUGUACAACGUACAUUGUACAUUGACAUAUCAGUUGUACAAAUUGAACGUGUUGUUACAAGCUUUUAUUCAACUUGCCUUUUUAGUAUGUUAGUGUGCGUCAAAACGUAGACGCUAUAGACCGUCAACCAAAUCUUGUCACUAGAAAAAGGCGGCAAAUUUGAAAAAUCGCGGGCU